UGAAUUUAGUUGCUGUUUGACGUUCCUCGCGUGCGGUUGUGCCUGGUCUUGCACUCUUCACACUCAGCGGGAGUUCUCAAGAAGAGUCUUUUUCUCUCGCUCCCACCCAACAAGAAACAGUCUUCAAACGGUACGGUUCAGUGUGUAUGAAUGUGUUGUGCUGCUUGGGGUCAGACUUCAAAUCGACGCAUUUAUUAUUGGGCAAGAGCUGCAUUUAUGAUUUCGCCAAGCGCGAAAUACUCAAAAUGAUAAAAUGAAAACAAAACAACAAAUAAGCAGCAAUUGCAACAACUAUAACAACAACAACAGCGAUACCAUUAACAGUUACAAUCAUAGCCGCGCAAUCUGUGUUUGUGUGCUUGUGUGUGUUUGAGUGCCAAAAAAGAAGAGCGAGUCGCAACAACGCACAAAACAAACAAAUAAAUAAGCAAAUUCAACGACAACAAUAACAACAACAAACAACUGAAACAACACCAGACACCAGAGAACCACAAAACAAAAAAAAAAACUCGGCGAAAUUCGGCGUUUAAAAUACGUACAUAAAAAAUGUAAUGGAAAGCAUUAGUACUCAUAAAAAAUGGAUUUACACAGCCUUUUUAAGGUUGCCUUGAUCCUGUACAUCAUACGAGCUGAGACCAGCUAUAUAGUUAAUGGUUUGGAUCUGCAGGGACCGAUAUUCCUACACGAGCCGCCGCAUCGCGUCGAGUUUUCCAACAAUUCGGGCGGACUCAUAGAAUGCUCCGGUCAUGGCAGCCCACCGCCCGAGGUGGAGUGGACGCCAAUACCGCCACAGCAGGAUAUGGUGUUUCAGCUGUCAAACGGGAGCAUGAUGUUUUAUCCCUUUACUGCCGAGAAGUAUCGCCACGAGGUGCAUGCCACCGUCUACAGAUGCAAGCUGCGCAACAUGGUGGGCACUGUGCUCAGUCGGGAGGUUCAUGUCCGCGGCGUUGUCAACCAAAAGUACACGGUGCAGGUGCACGACGAAUACGUGAUGACCGGCAACACGGCGGUGCUGAAAUGUCAGGUGCCGAGCUACAUGUCGGAAUUUGUAAUGGUCACCGCCUGGGUGCAGGACACUGGCAUGCAUCUGUAUCCAAACACGGACAUCGGCGGCAAGUACACGGUCCUAUCGAAUGGCGAAUUGUACAUAAAUAAUGCGGGGCCCAAUGAUGCGUACAAAAGCUACACAUGCCGCACUGUAAAUAGACUGACAGGUGAAAUACAAAUUUCAACGUAUCCCGGCCGCAUUAUUGUAACCGAGCCCAAGGGCAUGGUUCAGCCGCGUAUUAACGUUGAGAAGCAUUCGAUGCGGCAUGUCGUCCUUAAUGGCCAAACAACGUUGCCGUGCAUUGCUCAAGGACAUCCGGUACCAACAUAUCGCUGGUUCAAGGAGGAGAAUGAGCAGCUGCUGCCGUUGCAGUUGAGUGAACGCAUUACCAUUGUAUCUGCAGGUCUGCUCAAAAUCACCAAGGCGCGUCUCGAGGACAGUGGCAAAUAUCUGUGCUGGGUAAACAACACAGCAGGCGAGGAGACAAUUCAAGUGUCGCUCACGGUGACAGCUCCGUUGACAGCACAUCUGCAGCCGCAGGUGCAGACCGUUGAUGUGGACAAGGAUGCGCAAUUCCAAUGCAUUGUCUCUGGUCAUCCGGUGCACGAUGUCAACUGGCUGCACGAUGGCAAGCCCAUACUACGCGACAAUCGAGUCGAGAUACUGACUGAUCCAGCGCGUUUAAUCAUUAAGAAGGUGCAAAAAGAUGAUCCGGGCAUGUAUCAGUGCUUUGUGUCCAAUGAAUGGGAGCAAAUCCAAUCAACAGCUGAGCUGCAAUUAGGCGAUGCGUCGCCGGAACUGCUUUAUUGGUUUUCGGAGCAAACACUGCAGCCAGGUCCAACGGUAUCAUUGAAAUGCGUUGCCACCGGAAAUCCACUGCCGCAAUUUACAUGGUCUUUGGACGGAUUUCCGAUACCAGACAGCUCCCGCUUUUUAGUGGGUCAAUAUGUUACCAUACACGACGAUGUCAUCAGCCAUGUAAAUAUUUCAAAUGUCAAGGAGGAGGAUGGUGGCGAAUACACCUGCACGGCCCAGAAUGCAAUUGGCAAGACCUCGCAUAGCGCUAAAGUGAACAUCUAUGGAUUGCCUUACAUACGGGAAAUGCCAAAAAUAACGGGCAUCUCUGGCUCUGAUUUGAUUGUUAAAUGUCCUGUGGCUGGUUAUCCCAUCGAUAAAAUACACUGGGAGCGGGAUGGGCAAACGUUGCCCAUAAAUCGACGACAGCGGGCCUACAACAAUGGUACCUUAAUUAUCGAGCAACUGCAGCGGCUGGAGGAUGCGGGCACGUACACGUGCAUGGCCCAGAAUAAACAGAAGCAGACGUCGCGUCGCAACGUAGAAAUACAAGUGUUGGUACCGCCAAAAAUCAUGCCCAUCCAGGCCAUGACGAAUAUGUUGCGCGAGGGCAUGCGGGCGGCCAUCUCCUGCCAGAUUCUCGAGGGCGAUUUACCGGUCAGCUUUCGCUGGGAGCGCAAUAGCAAACCGCUCAUAGGCACAGGCAAUGAGGUCGUGCGUCGACUUGAUGAGUAUUCCGCCAGUCUGGUCAUCGAACACAUUGCAUCGGAUCAUUCCGGUAACUACACAUGCAUUGCCAGCAAUGUGGCCGGCACUGAGAGAUUCACAGUGCCACUGACGGUGAAUGUGCCUCCCAAAUGGAUACUGGAACCAAAGGAUUCUAGCGCUCAGUCUGGCACUGAUGUGCUGGUUCACUGCCAAUCGGCUGGCUAUCCCAAGCCGACGAUUACCUGGAAGAAGGCCAUUGGACCAACGCCGGGCGAGUAUAAGGACUUUCUGUAUGAGCCCACGGUUCAACUGUUUCCCAAUGGAACCAUCUACUUUAAGAAGAUCAGCAAGGACUCGCAGGGACAUUUUCUGUGCGAAGCCAAAAACAACAUUGGCUCCGGUGUCAGUAAAGUGAUUUUCCUGAAAGUCAAUGUGCCCGCACAUUUUCCAACGAAAACGAAACAAAUCUCUGUGGCAAAAGGCAAGCAGGUCCAUGUGCAGUGCAACGUGCAGGGCGACAAUCCAAUUGACUUCAAAUGGAAGAUUCAGGCAACGCAACAGUAUCUUGAUGAGUCGCUCGAUUCACGCUACACAAUAAGAGAUCAAGUGCUCGACGACGGCAUGGUCUCCGAAUUGGGCAUUUCGCAUACAUAUCGCCAGGAUACUGGUAUUUAUAUCUGUCAGGCCAGCAAUGCAUUUGGACAGGAUGAGAUGUCCAUCCAGCUCAUCGUUCAGGAGGUGCCGGAGCAGCCAAAGAAUCUACGAAUCAAUUCGCAGCAAUCGCGGAGCCUGCAACUUACAUGGAGUCAACCCUUUGCUGGCAAUAGUCCAAUCGAGCAAUAUCACAUCUACUACAAGCAAAUCUCAGACAUUUGGCAGAAUGCCGAGCAUAUUGACAUCAGCGGAGCCCAGACAGUGGUCAAUAUACAGCAACUACGGCCGGCGAAAGCCUAUCACAUUCGCAUGUCGGCGGAGAAUAAGCUGGGGGCCUCCGAGUUCUCGGAGGUGGUGCAAGUAACAACGCUGGAGGAGGUGCCAUCGGGUCCGCCGCUGACAGUGCGUGCGGAGGCCAAGAGCUCAACAGAGAUAUCGGUGACAUGGGACGCACCGGAACGUGACCAUUGGAACGGCAUUCUGCUUGGCUACUAUGUGGGCUAUCAGAUGUCGUUAACGCCCGAGGACAAGGAAGUGAAUCCCACACAGGGCUUUAGCUUCAAAACGGUCGAGGUGCGCUCACAUUUCGGUGGCGAGACGGUGCUCAGCAAUCUCAACAAGUUCACCCAAUACCAUGUGAUUGUGCAGGCCUACACCAGCCAGGGCAGCGGGCCGCCGAGCAAGGAAAUUGCAGUGCAAACAAUGGAGGAUGUGCCCUCGUCGCCGCCAGAAUCGCCGCAAUGCGAUGUGCUUGGCUCCACAUCGAUUUAUAUCACCUGGUCACCGCCGGAUAUUGACGGACAAAAUGGCAAAAUCAAGGGCUACAAAGUGUUUUACAUAUCGGUCGAUGAGCUUUACGAAACCGAUCCGGAGGUUGUCAAGUCAACAAAUCAAUACGUCACCAUUGAGAAUCUGCGCAAAUAUACAAACUAUACGGUCUGGGUUUUGGCUUACACCAAAGUGGGCGACGGGAUGAAAACCAAACCAUUUUAUUGCCGCACCCAUGAGGAUGUGCCCUCGGCGCCGCAAGCAAUCAAGGCAAUACCCGCAUCGAGCACGAAAAUCAUCAUAUCGUGGCUGCCACCAGACCUGCCCAAUGGAGACAUCACCGGCUACACCUUCUACAUGUCGAUGCUAGAAGGCGGACGCGAGGAAGGCACGCACAAGCGUCUUCUGGGUCCCUACGUGGAAAUGCAUGAGACGGUGCGCACACAGGAAUCGGCCACUUAUCAGUUCUGGCUCACCGCCUCCACCAAGAUGGGCGAGGGUGAAAAGACGCAGGUGGUUACUGUGCCGCCUAAUAACAAAGUUCCCGCUCGAAUUGUCUCCUUCAGUCAGCGGAUUAUCACGCCCUGGAAAGAGCAUCUGGAGCUGCCUUGUCGUAAGGUAGGCGCUCCAGCUCCUGUGACCAUUUGGCGACAGGAUGGGCACAACAUGGAAACAAGUGCUCGCAAAACGAUUGCCAAGAACGGCACACUAUAUAUGCGCGAGUGUCAGGCCAGCGAUGCUGGUAAUUACACCUGCAGCGUGGAGAACACCUGGGGCAAGGACGAGAUUGUCUACAACAUUGUGGUAAAGGUGCCGCCAGAAGCGCCCAAUUUGACUGUGGUGAAUACGUACACGGAUAGCCUGCAUUUAGAGUGGCUAGACAAUAGUCAUGGCGGCAGUCCCAUUCUUGGCUAUGUUAUAAACUACAAGCGCGACAAUGGCGACUGGGAAGAGCUGCAAGUGGAUGCCAAGACAAAUUCACACUUGCUUAGCAAUCUGUGGUGCGGCACACGAUAUCAACUGUACAUCACAGCGUAUAAUAAGAUUGGCACUGGACUGCCGUGCGACAUUGUCAACUCAUAUACCAAAGGGAAUCCUCCAGUGCAGCCAAAGCAUUCGCAGAUGAUCACUAACAACUCGACGAGCGUUACCUGCUGGCUGGACUCGUGGGGUGAUGGUGGCUGCGGCAUACUCUACUUUAUGAUCGAGUCUCGAGUGUAUGGUCGUUCCGCCUGGAACGUCGUCUCCAACCAUAUUGCGCCCACAGAGCGCAUCUACACGGUCAGCGAUCUGGUGCCAGGCACCAAGUAUCAGCUCAAGGUGACGGCUCACAAUAAUGCCGGCUCCACGACAUCUGUAUACAAUUUUACCACACUAUCGCCACAGGGUGUUCUCUAUAAUAAUGAUCGCUCCACACCGGACUCCCACCUGAGCGAGCUGCCCUUCUAUGCCAACUUUAAGCUGUUGCUGCCUAUAUGCAUUUCGCUGCUGAUGCUGCUCGCUUUGAUUGCCGCUGCUCUUUUUCUGCGUAAACGUAAAUUAAACAACCAGGCGCGUCUUGCCAGCUCCUCAAUGUCGGAGUCUCCCUCUCUGGCUAAUCUGCAAAACAAACAGAAUCGGGAUCAACAAUAUCUGGCUGUGCGCUGCAAUCCAUCGAAUCCGGCGCCGCGCGGCUCUAACUCUAAUGAUUCGGGUAGCUUUGGCAAGGCCGAGGGCAACGAGUACAUCGAAGACAUUUGUCCCUACGCCACAUUCCAGCUAAACAAGCAGACGUACAGCGAGAGCUCCUACAGCGGCAACGUGUAUAGCGGUCCCUAUCACUCGGUUCGUGGCUCCUUUGUCUAUCACGAUGUCAAGCCCGAGAGCUAUCAUGUGAGUGCAUCCAAGGAACCGGAGUAUACGAAGGUGCGGCGAAAAGUCGGCCGUCUACGUGAUCCACACUCAGAGAGCCAAGAAUCGGACAAUCCAGGUUCAACAGAUUCCGAAGUUAGGAAAAUCCUAACGCUUCACAUACCAAUUACAGAAUAUGACACACUCGGCUCCGAGUCCGACAAUGAUGUGUCUGCACGCGCUCUAAACUCGGCCAAAUAUCGCGCCCAACGUGAUACACAAGAUGAGACCUCAUCCUCAUCGGAGACGACACCCACUAGCAUGACCCGCAAAUCGAAGCCGCCGUUUGCCACCCGAAAGUCAGGCAAGCCAGGCACAAGUGGCAAACGCCAUGUUCGAAGUUCCAGUGGCUAUUCGAGCCACAAUGAAGAGACUACUUUUAGCAUAUCCAACUAUCCACCAAACUAUCAGGACCAUAUAAAUCCACCAGCGCGUUUUUCGGAUGCCAACGACAAGACGAAGACACAAACGUCGCCACGUAUGCGUGCCAAUCAGAAACUACAGCGGGAAGCAUUCCAAAUUAAUGUCUAAAAUACAGAUAUAUAUACAUAUAAUUAAAAACAACUUAUCACAUAAUUUUUAAAUCAAUAUGAAUACACGAAAUUAAACAAAUGAAAACUGUUGACUACAAAUCGAUAAAUAUUUGAACAAAAUUGUAAAAUUUGUUGUAAAAUCCACCCAAAACAAAAAAAAAAUUGAAAUGAAAAUCACAUGAUAUCGGUGAGCAAUUUAAAACACAGAUAAGGUACACAAACACAUACACACACUGAGCCACACAAUGUACUUCAAACUAGAGCUGCAUUUCUUAACAAAAUGAAUUGUUAAUAACGAGCUAAUACUAAUUGAAUAAAUAUUGAAGAAAUAAGGCCAUAAAAUUCAACUAUUUACAACAACAAGUACGAGUAAAAUGAACUUUUUCGAACGCACUUUGAUUUUACCCAAAAGAAAGUAAGCAACAAGAAAAAUAAAUAUAACCAAUAAGACUUAUUUACAUACUGAUUAUGCUUAGUUGGACUUGAAAAGCAGCAUAUUUAAUAAGUUUAAACAAUGAGAACAACAACAAGCAUUAAGUUACAUAUACUUAUAUUUAUUAAUAUUAAUGCAUUAUGCAUAGACUAAUGUUAAGCAUUUAAUGUAAAGAAAAGAGUUGUAGGACGGACAAACAAAAGUGGAUCUGCGGCAGGCCGCAUUUAAAAUGUUUUGCAUAGCUAAGAGAACUACGAAGAACUAAAAGGAUAAGGUAUCUCGAUGACAUUCUUAAUUGCAGAGCAUAAACACUAGUCAUAAUCACAAUAACAAAAAAAGCGAGAUAAUGCAUGAAUGAUAACUAUAGUAAAUAUAUACAAACAUAUAGGGAAUAAACAGAGACACGCAUUCACAUGCACACGAACACAAAACACCCAAGUAUUUGUAGUAAAUUCAGUUGAAUUUGUAUGUGUUUUCCUCAAUUUUUGCAUAAGUUAAGAGAAAAAUGAAAUAAAAUGUUAGCUAGUUAUUUAAAUGAAUUUAAUUAAUUUGUAAAACCAAUACCAAAUAUGCAUGAAACUGUUGUAUAUAGCUGAGAAUCGAUAUAUGAAAUAUGAAUGACAUUUAAUUAUAUAAAUCAUAAAGGAUUUAGUGGAAUAUUUAGAACAAGCCAAAGUCGUAAACCAGCAUGCAUUUUCAUAGAUCCAGAAUUUAGCAAACUUUUAUAGAAAUUCAAAGCAGCUCAAGCUAAUCCGAUUGUUUGCCAAAUUAUGAACCACAUCGCAGAUAGACCGACAGACAGACACAGAUAAAUGAUUAUAUUUUGCAAUAGCUCAAAGAUGAAACCAAACCAAUUCUACAUGACAAUAUCAUUAAAGAAAAAAAAUACAUUAUAUAUUAUAAUAUUGAUAAUGAAAAUACGAUUUAAUGGCAACAUUGUAGGCAAAACUAACUAACUAUAAAACAAUCUAUUCAGACAUUGUUUCUUUCGGCUAUGCAACAUUUCAGACUGCACAGUUUUAGGCAUUUACAAAUUCUGAAAUUAACUUGGUUGUAAGAAUUUAAAGAAAACGAUAACGAAAUCGAACGUCAAAACGAAAUGAUAGAAAUGACAUAAAGUUGUAAAACUCAUCAGAAGAUAUACUUAUAAACAACAUAGAAAGAAAAAACAAAUACAAAAGAAUACACAGUUUAUGUACAUUUGUUUGUGUACAAUUUGUGGUCGAAAUACAUGGCAUGAAAUAUGGAUAAAAAUGCGAAAACUUAAGCAAAAACUUUUGGUCUUUUAUUUUAUAUUUAGCUGUGCACCAUUUCUUCAGUUUAGUUAACAAUAAAUCGCUUUUAUUUACAUUCGACACUUUGAAAAUGUUUGUUGAUUGUUUCGAUAAAAAAAAUGAAGAACACAGACUUUUUAAUGUAGAUUCAGGCGUAUCGAAAUGAACAAAACUUAUAUUAUUUUUCUCAUUCCUAAAAACAAACAUUUCUUUGUUGCAAUUUUUGCAUUUAAAGCAUUUCAAUAGAGCUAUAACACAAGGAGAGCGCUAUACAAUGAUUGUGUUUCGUGCUUGUGUUGAUGUGUGUUUGGGCUUUUGUCUGUUUCCAUUUUAUCACUUAGCAAUAACUUAAGGCUAAACAGGUUUACUUGGAUUACAAAAUGAACAUUCUAACAUUUCACUUAAAGCACAUUUACACAGUAGAGAGUAAUGGUAGUAGGAUUAUUACGAGGGGUGUUCAAAACACAACUCACAACUGUUAACGUGUUGUUG